CCCUGAAGCCGCAAUUAUUUAUCACAAAUUCUAAAGCAUUUCCUCGAAAGAAGAAGGGAAAAUUGUGAUGUGAACACUGGCGCCCACCAAUACAAAAGCAUAUUUUUACUUGUUGGUUAUGCACCUUAGCUUGGUAAAUGGCGUUGCUGUAUUUAACAAUUUGAACUCACAAUCAGAGGCCAGUUACCAUAUUCUUCAGUCAGCACAUGGUGUCCUUAUGAUGCUUUAAUGGUAAAACUGAUCCUAGAUUAGCAUGUCAUUCUUUGAAGAUUAAAUCGUGACAUCUUUACUCCAUCAACUAGGGAAGUUCCCAACAUUUUGUUUUCAAUGGCUGUAUCAACUUACACAAACAUGCAUUUAUUUAGAUAAUACCUUUGUAAUGUAAAUGAUUAUCCAUCUAAUGUUUUCAUUACAUUUUAAACUGCACUCUCCAGAUAGGUUCUAGAUAAAAGAUCCAUUGUUUCAUACCACUUUGCAUUCAAGCCAACUUUCGACAGGCUGAUCUGAUAUCACAUGUGCACAUUAAAUAUAUCAAAUGCAUAUUUACACCUAAUUAUAAAUAAGCACUACUUAAUUUACAAUGACUGCAUUGUCUCUGGAAGCCACUGAUUUCCCUCCAGUUUUGACCAACAGCAGGAACAUUAAAUAUGAUCUGAGCUCAUGCUGCAUGUGCCCAAGACGCAUGAUCAAGUAACUAUUAGUCCCAUGUUUUCAGGAAGUCCAACAAAAGACCUCUAGUCUGGAUUUUAUUUAUUUAGCACGCAGCGGCAAGCAUUCAUAAACCAAGAUGCGACCAGCACAGCAAUCCGUGCCCAUGAGGAGAAAUACCAACACAGCUACAAUCCUCACUUCCUCGUCAUGCCAAUUAGCAAGCUAGCAGGAUGAGUGUGGAGGUGGAAAGGAAGUUUUUAUGCAGCGCCGACACUCUGAAAACACUGGAGGAGAUUGGGGCGUGUGUGGGCCAGCGUCAGUUUCAUGACCAGUACUUUGACACCCCCAAGUUUGGCCUUACUUUGAGAGACAUGUGGCUGCGUAAACGUAAAGGAUGCUGGGAGCUCAAGUGCCCAACAACAGUGGACGGGUCAGAGGAGACGAGUGGAGAGAAAUCUAAAGCAGCAGCGCUGUGCACUCGCUACAAGGAGAUAACCAAUCUGCCUGAAAUCCAGCUGAGAGUGAAAGAGGUCAUAAAAGACGUUUGUGAAGACAGCGUGGCCAGCGCCUCACAGGAGGAAGAGGAGUCUUGGCUGAGCAAAAUGAAUCUGGUGUGCUUUGCAGAGUUCACAACAGAGCGGCGGUCGUUUACUUUAGAGGAGGGGGGGGUGCAGAUCGAUCUCGACCAAGCUGACUUUGGUUACCACGUGGGAGAGAUAGAGGUCCUGGUUCCGGAUGGAGGAGAUGUGCAGUCCGCAUUGGAGAAGAUUGAAAGGACGGCUCAAAAGCUGGGUCUGACUGGAGAUCAGCGGGUUGAAGGGAAAAUGAAUGUUUACCUAAGAAGAAAACACCCAGAACACUACGCAAAACUACUGCGAGAACAUGUCCUGUAACUAAGAUAUAGUAUAUAUAUCAUGAUCUGUAACAGUUGCAGCUCAGUAGUUUUCAAGAUGUACAUUUUAUCUUUAAAACUGAGGCUUUAUUUUUUAGAAAGUCUAGCUCCAUGAAAAUAUUUAAAACUAACUAAUUUCAAAGACCUGGCGCUCUCAAGAGAUGAACAGUGGCCUGGUGCUCGAUAGCUGUUUUCAUCUUCACUUGAACUUUUAGUGUCUGAUGAACGACGUGCAAUGGUUUUGACAAUUUGUAUCCUGGAGAGUCUGAAAGAACUGUGAAUACUGGAAAUAAAUGGAGUGCGAUACUGUCAA